GAUUUGUGAUGGUGACGGAAGUGAAUAGUAAACACCGGCGGAAAAUGAAGUUAAAAUAAAUUUGAUUCAAGAAAAUUUACCCUUCUUUCAAAAAAAGUUUGUUGCACGUCUUUUGGAACAUUUUAGGAAGAAAUGGCUGCACAAAGCUCUAAAUCUGAUGAUGUUAUGGAUGACGAUGAUGCUCGGGGUCAUUCCGGGGAGGAUGAAGAAGAGGAAGCUGAGAGUGGCGUAGAUUCUUUGGAGGAAUUACAAAAAAGAAGAAGCAUACAGAGUGGCCGUGGAGUUACUCUUUCUAUGCUGAUGAGUGAUGGAAUCCUUGAAGCUGGAGAAGGCUUUUUAACUAUUGAUUAUCUUGGUGCAAAAUUUGUUGGAGACCUUCUUCCUGGUGGGAAGAUAAGAGCUCAAGAAACUCAAAAAAUAUUUUCUUCUCCAAGUUCCUGGGCGAUUCAUUGCAAAAAACUGUUAAAUCCUGACAAAAAAUCUGGCUGCGGUUGGUCAUCCAUGCGAUACAAGGGGAAAAAGUUAGAUACUUACAAAAAUCUUUGGUUUCGAAAACACAAGCAACAAGAACAAGAAAGCAAUAAUGCAGCACAAUUCCAGUUUUCAGGAUAUGACAAAAAAAAUAUAACAUCAAAAAAGUGGGAUUUGGACAAAAUGCAAAACAUGAUUCCCAGACCUAGACCUACUCCACAAAAAAGAAUUAUUGUUCCACAUUCAGUUUUGGGCAACAGAUCCUUUGCUCAUGACCUUAACACACUUGUAAAGUGUACUCCAUUUAGUGGUUUAGAUAGGAUACAACCAUUUACUGUCACUAUUGCCACCAACUGCUUAUUACUUGUGGACUUUCAUUGCCACAUAGUAAAAAAUGAAGUUGUUGGAUAUUUAGGUGGUAACUGGGACAUUGCCUCACACAAUUUGGCUGUCCUACAAGCUUUUCCUUGUAGGUCCGGUCUGGGGGAUAAAGACAGUGCUGCUCGAGUAGAAGAUGAAAUUCGUAGGUCACUAGAAAGGCGUCAUCUUUCUGUCGUUGGGUGGUACCACAGUCAUCCUACAUUCCCUGCCCAACCCACAAUAAAAGAUGUAGACAGCCAAAUGGAGUAUCAAAUCACAAUGAAGGGUGAUAGUGAUUCUUCUUAUACACCUUGUCUUGGUCUCAUUUGCUCACCUUAUGAUCCUCAAAAGCCUUCUAUGGAAGCUGACUAUCUUGCUUACUGGGUUAUGCCUCCACCUGAACAUCGUCCUCAUGAAUAUGGUAGACCGAUGCAAAUGAUAUACAGCAUUGCCCAUGAUUCAUUCCUCACUCAAGAUUUGCUCAUGGAAAUGCGUCUGAUUUCUGAGUAUUACAGAUCAACUGGUGAAGCUUUGGACUUUAAUUCUGAAUUAUCAUCUCAAGCCGGUGGCUCUCAUUGGGAGAAACUUCAAACAUCUCUUCGUACAAAGCUCCCACGAGAUCUUAUGGUGACGGGAGCUCAGUCGACUGCUCAAGCACAAGCAGUUACACACUUUUGGGAUUUCCUCAAAGAAAGUUUACUUCGGGCCUCGUAUUGACUUCUGGCUUUGGGGUUCCUAUCUCUAAAGUUGAUUCAAUUCUAGAAUAAGAAGCAAGUUCAAAGGUGUGUUAAGUAAAGAAAAUUCAAAAUAUGUUUUGCUGCUAUAAAAAUUGGUCACCCUUCUGUUACCUUGUUUUUAAAAUGCAUAAAAUUUAAUUUCUAUGCGCACUUUGAAAGUUGUUAAUUUCAACA